CAAGAGACCAAUUUGAGGCAUUUUUGCACCUCUUCAUCUCUCUCUCUCUCUCUCUCCUCACCCCACAGAAGUCUUGUCAUUUGGUUUAGGCCUAGUUGGAGAGGGCAUUAGUUCCCAGCAUCUGCUCAUGAAUGCUUGUUCUUAAUUCUUCUACCGUAUUUUCAAGUGGGAGCUGAGCAAACUUUCAAAGGUUUUGAUCAUGGUUGACACUAUGUCUGAAACUCAUGACAGACAACUUAGAUCAGGUCUAGAAAAAUCUGAUGUAGAGAAUUCUGAGGAUGAGAGGAAGUCAAGAAAACUGAGGUCUUUCAAGAAGAAGGCAAUUACUGCCUCGAACAAGUUUAGGCAUUCUUUGAAGACAAAGGGUCGGAAACACAGCAGAGUUGCGUCUGUUGCAUUUGAGGAUGACCUUGAUACAGAGGAUCUUCAGGCUGUAGAUGCUCUUCGCCAGGCCCUUAUCCUAGAGGAAUUGCUACCUGAUAAACUUGAUGACCAGUAUAUGAUGCUGAGAUUUCUAAGGGCAAGGAAAUAUGAUAUUGAGAAAGCAAAGCAAAUGUGGGCUGAUAUGCUUCACUGGAGGAAGGAUUUUGGUGCUGACACAAUCAUGGAGGACUUUGAUUUUAAGGAAUAUAAUGAAGUCAUAAACUACUAUCCACAAGGAUACCAUGGGGUUGACAAGGAUGGAAGACCAGUAUACAUUGAAAGACUUGGUCAGGUUGACCCUAACAAGCUGAUGCAAGUAACAACAAUGGACCGGUAUCUGAAGUACCAUGUAAGGGAGUUUGAGAAGACCUUUGCUUACAAGCUACCUGCCUGCACAAUUGCAGCUAAAAAACACAUUGAUCAGAGCACAACUAUUUUGGAUGUACAAGGAGUGGGUCUUAAAAACUUCAACAAGGCUGCAAGGGAUCUCAUUCAGCGCCUUCAGAAGAUUGAUUGUGACAAUUACCCUGAGACUUUGAACCGUAUGUUUAUAAUCAAUGCUGGUUCUGGAUUUAGGCUCUUAUGGAACACAGUUAAAACAUUCCUUGAUCCCAAAACCACUGGAAAGAUCCAUGUUCUUGGUAACAAAUACCAAAGCAAAUUGCUUGAAAUAAUCGAUGCUGAUGAGCUGCCAGACUUUCUAGGUGGUACUUGUACUUGUGCUAGCAAAGGUGGAUGCAUGCGCUCUGACAAAGGUCCAUGGAAUGAUCCAGAAAUAAUGAAGAGGGUUCAAAAUGGCGAGGCUAAAAGCCCGCGGAGGAUUUCUUCAGGCGUUGAGGAGAAGACAAUAUCUGAAGAUGAGGAAUCAUAUAAGAGAAAUGAAGCCGCUGACAGGCACGUAGUGUUCCCACCACUCACUCCUGUUAAGGAAGAAGCUCACACCAACAUAAUGUGCUUUGAUUCAUAUGACUCUGAAAAGCUUCUUGAAGUUGACAAGGCUGUGGAUGGUUCUUGGCCUAAAAAGGCACUUUCUACAGAUGUUAUUAAGGCUCCUGAAGGAAAUAGGAUUGUUGGUGGACUUAUGGCCCUGGUUAUGGGAUUUGUCACCAUGGUUCGCCUGUCGCGGAAUGUGCCAAGGAAACUCACUGAAGCAGCCUUGCAUGGGACUUGCUAUUCUGAAACAAUCCGUGGUAGCGCUGAUAAGCCUGUCCCAAGCAAUGAGUACAUUUCCAUGGUGAAACGCGUGGCUGAAUUGGAAGAGAAGAUGAAUGUUGUUCUCAACAAGCAACCAGCAGCCAUGCCGCCUGAGAGGGAAGCGAUGCUGGUUGCUGCCUUAAACCGGGUCAGCAACCUUGAACAAGAGCUCUCAGCAACAAGGAAGCUGCUUGAGGAGGUGCUUGUGAAACAACAAGAGCUUUUUGCCUGCAUUGAAAAGAAGAAAAAGAAGAAGAAGUUUUUUUUACGAUUUUGAACGCAGAGGCCACCGUUCUGCAGUGUAAGAUGAUAGAGGCUCCAUUGAAUUGUUUUGAUGACGUUAGUGGUGAAUUUCAGCCACAUAAAUGAGUUCUUUGAAUUCAACCUAUAUAUGUUUGCUUUGUAAAAAUAUUUGAAACCUGAGCCCUUGUACAUUAUUAAUAUGCAGUUUGACUCAUUCUUCUUUGGUUUGUCUAUAUGUUGAAGCCAAACAAGAAACUUCAACCAAUUGC